GCGUCCCCUCAGAUGAUUUGAAAAGUGGCUGCUUCCUCGGAGAACCCUGUGGGCUAUCAGACUCUAUUUAUUUAGCCUGGACUGCUUGUCAUAGGAAACACAAUCUAUUUGACCCAUGAGCCGCGAAGUUUGAGUUGCGAUACCUAACGUCCGUUAGUCGAACGGCCUGUUUUUUUUUUUUUUUUUUUCAACCUCUUUAGUCGCCUGCACCUGAAAAUACAAUACGGAGGAUGCCUCAUCGUUCAGCAUCUCCGGCAGCGUCGGAGAACGAAUUUGACAUUACGAAUGCGUUGUUUCGAGAUGAUGAUUCCGACUAUGGACAGAAUGCAACAGAGCGCAAACGACCACGGAAACCUACCGCGACGGAAAAUCUGGAUUUGCUAGGUGGAGAAGACAAUGAUGGCGAUGGUGAUGACAGCGACGAAGCUUUCAUCGCCGCGCAGCAGAUAUCGGCUAAUCGCAAGGCGUCGAACUUGAAAGGCCGCACUGUGAAGAAGGGUGGUGGUUUCCAAGCCAUGGGGCUCAAUGCCAACCUCCUCAAGGCUAUCGCCCGGAAAGGAUUUUCUGUACCAACGCCUAUCCAACGCAAGACCAUUCCCGUGAUUCUGGAUGAUCAAGAUGUCGUUGGUAUGGCCCGGACGGGUUCCGGGAAGACUGCCGCCUUUGUGAUCCCCAUGAUCGAGAAGUUGAAAAGCCACAGCACCAAGGUUGGAGCUCGAGCCUUGAUUCUAUCCCCAUCACGAGAAUUAGCCUUGCAGACACUCAAGGUCGUCAAGGAGCUGGGUAAGGGUACUGAUUUAAAAUCCGUCUUACUGGUUGGUGGAGAUAGCCUGGAAGAACAGUUCGGAAUGAUGGCUGGCAACCCUGACAUCGUCAUCGCAACCCCCGGUCGCUUUUUGCAUUUGAAAGUGGAAAUGAACUUGGAUCUUUAUAGUAUCCGCUACGUGGUGUUUGAUGAAGCUGACAGGCUUUUCGAAAUGGGUUUCGCCGCCCAAUUGACUGAAAUUCUGCAUGGUCUUCCUCCUACACGGCAGACUCUAUUAUUCUCAGCUACGCUGCCCAAGUCACUAGUGGAAUUUGCGCGCGCGGGUUUGCAGGAACCUACUCUCAUUCGCUUGGAUACGGAGAGCAAGGUAUCCCCGGAUUUACAGAAUGCGUUCUUCUCCGUCAAGUCUGCGGACAAGGAAGGGGCUCUGCUGUACAUCCUCAAUGGAAUCAUUAAAAUGCCCACCGGUCCUACGGAAGUGACCCAACGUCUCAACGAAGAAGCCGCAGACCCGAAGAACCCCAAGAAGCGGAAGCGAUCUCAAAUCGCCAAACCAAACAAGGAGUCGCCUACAAAACAUUCCACGAUUAUCUUUACUGCCACGAAACAUCAUGUGGACUAUCUCUACUCGCUAUUACGUGAGGCUGGCUAUGCUGUUUCGUAUGCCUACGGAUCCCUGGACCAAACUGCUCGAAGGAUCCAAGUUCAAAAUUUUCGCACCGGCAUCUCAAACAUUCUUGUUGUAACCGACGUUGCAGCCAGAGGUAUUGAUAUCCCCGUGCUUGCCAAUGUCAUAAAUUACGACUUCCCUUCGCAGCCAAAGAUUUUUGUUCAUCGAGUUGGUCGCACCGCCCGUGCGGGUCAGAAAGGUUGGAGUUACAGUCUUGUCCGUGAUGCGGACGCUCCUUAUCUUCUCGAUCUUCAACUGUUCCUCGGAAGAAGACUCGUGCUUGGUCGCCAAUUCGCUGACCAGGUCAAUUAUGCGGAAGAUGUUGCUGUGGGAAGUCUACCCAGAGACGCCUUGUCACAAAGUUGUGAGUGGGUCACCAAGGUCUUGGACAACGACACCGAUAUCGCUGCACAGCGCACGGUUGCUGGCAGAGGAGAGAAACUGUACAUGCGUACACGCAACUCAGCUUCUCUGGAGAGCGCAAAACGAGCGAAACAGGUCGUCUCCUGUGACGACUGGACAACCCUACAUCCACUCUUCAAUGACGAGUCAAGUCGUAUGGAGGUAGAGCGCGAGAAAAUGCUUGCUCGCAUUGGAGGUUACAGGCCCCAAGAAACCAUUUUCGAGGUCAGCAGCAGAAGGAAUGGUAAGCACGACAACGACGAGACUAUCGAUACAAUAAAGAGAAUCCGCACCAGGAGAGAUAUCAAGAAGAAACGGGCGCAGAAUGAUGGACAAUCGGGGCUUUUAGAUGAUACAGCAACUGGGCCCGGGGAAGCAACUGAAGCAGAAAGGGAGGAUGAUAUUGGCCACGCUUCAGCAAGCGAAAGCGAUGAAGGUGCUCUCCAGGAUGCUGCCGACAAUAUGUCUCUGGCAUCAGAUUCCGAUCUCGAAGUCACCUUCUCAGCAUAUUCGCGCACAGAUGACGAUAAAUCUAAGGGCAAGUCCACCGCUGCCUUCCAGAACCCAGAGUAUUUUAUGUCCUACACCCCUAACAAUCACUCUCUGGCUGAGGAUCGGGCUUAUGGCGUCCAUUCUGGUACGAAUGCCAACUUUGCUCAGGCAUCACGCAGCGCCGCUAUGGAUCUGAUCGGCGAUGAAGGCAGUCGUGGGUUUGGAGAGCCGCGCUCAACAAUGCGCUGGGACAAACGGCACAAGAAAUAUGUAGCUCGACGCAACGAUGAAGACGGGUCAAAGGGCGAACAUCUCGUGCGCGGUGAGAGUGGUGCAAAGAUCUCAGCUAACUUCCGCAGCGGACGUUUCGAGGCGUGGAAGAAAGGUAAGCGGCUGGGCCGCCUGCCGCGACUUGGCGAAACAGAGACGCCUAGUCUCGCGGCUGAUCUGAAUGCCGCUAUCCAUGGGAAACGAUUCAAACAUCGUAAGGAACAGGCACCCAAAGCCGCAGAUCCUCUCCGUAGAGACUACGAGAAGAAAAAGAAACAGGUACAGGCCGCGAAGGAGCGGAUGCUCUCCAAAUCUGGUGGUGGUGGUGGUGGCAAGAGCGAACUCCGGAGUACAGAGGAUAUCAGGUUAUCGCGGAAGCUGCAGGAGAAGAGAAGGGCCAAAAAUGCACGGCCAUCGAAGAAAAAGAGCAGGUAGAUGCGUUGAUGGAGGGAUCUGGAGCGGUCUCGAGAUUGCGUUGAAAUGUAUACCUGUGUAUAAAUAUGGCAUGGGACCUAUACCCCGACUCGGAGGCAAUGAAGAAUGCAAGUUCCAUCAGAUUCCACUUCUGGUAAUUAUCUCUGACUCCUGCUGCAAUUGAGUUGACGGGCUACCGACAAUGCAACCCGGUGUGGGCUUGCAAGAUUGAGUUUUACAUAUGCAAACCCUUCCGAGUGUCACAGGUUCAUGCACAGAGCAGCAUGCAUCAACAUGUAGCUCUACGCAUGCCAUGUUCCUCUGUCUUGACCUACAGUAUGCAGUCCAUUGGCAGCGGCGUCCAUGCGAUUUCUAACGCCGCGCGGCACCGCAUCAUCCAAGCCUGUCUCAUUUAUGAUGUGUAAUAUUCAUGUAUCUCCACGCAUGAAGAUAUGUAAGUAAUAGGUAUACUUGCGGUGUGUUAUGUAUUAUUGUUUUCCUAGCCCAUGUUAGCUAAUAUGGUAGACUAUGCCCCAUAGCAGACUAACACGGCUCGCCUCUCUUUUCAGUGUACUGUUCUUUCAAUAGACAAGCUGUGGAGUAAAAUGGUAAUAGUAAAUGGCGCACUGAGACAAUAGAGACAGAGUCGGUGUUCCGGGCCGGCCGUUAAGCUGCCCAGGUCAGAGUGAGGCCACACACUGACCGUUUGUCUCCAUCACAAUAGUUAUGGAUGCAGGCUCAUGGGUGUCAGACGACCUGUCGGAAAAGCGCUGCGGGUCUCACGGAUGGACUUGACGCGGGGAACGACGAUGCCUAGGAAGAGGCGGAUAUGACAUGCACUUGGCUGUCCGGUUUGGACGGUGAGAGAUGCCUGUCCCAAGGACCCUUCGCGUCCACAAAAUUCUCUGUAAUUGUAUAGCCCCCAACGGCACUAGCGUCAAGUAGAGGUGCUCAUCAGACUCAAUUCUGCAUCACACGUGGGAGCAUCGUAUCGCAUUAUUUCUUAGGCGUCUCCAGCUCUAUCGGUUGCCUCACCACCCGGAUCCUGUCCGAUGGGGAGAUCGGCUUGGCCGCGGCGGAAACAUGGUUCAGUAUGGUUCUAGAAAUAGGGCCUGAAGGAACCGGGAUUCCCAGCGCUCAAGAAUCAGUUCGCAAUCUUGGGAGAAUAGAAUGAUGCAUGUUUCCCGUAUGUUAUCCACUCUGUCGCAGAUUAUUGCGGGCUGGACGCACGAUCGACUCCUAGACUCGAGAUCCUGGGACUUCAUCUUCCGUGAUCAGGAAAGUCGAUCUGUCGGGGGAGUUUGUGUAGGAUGCUGGUAUAGAGGAGGUUGACCAUUUUCCGUUUUAAGGCAAACGGGCUUCCCCAAAAGGCAAAGGGGCGCGCGGCUGGAGAAAACUCCUCGACUACUGCAGCUCGAGCCGUGCGGAACGCGUUGCCUCACCAAAGCUGGCGCGCAUCUUUCUUUUUUUCACCUUUGGAUGAAGUCAACGGUAAAUUAAA